CACACAUUUGAAAAGAAAAAAGAGAAAAAAAAAGAAGGAAAUGAUUAGGGUGAGUUAGCCUAUAUAAAUAAGAGCCAUAGCCCGCUGCUACCUUCCAUGCAAAUUGUCACUCAUCUCCCUCCUUAACAUUGUCUCUUUGCCCUUUCCUCAACUUCACUUCUCAUAGAUCUAUAGAGAGAGAAAGACAUUUCUGACAAAACAACACCUCGUCAACAAUGUCAGGCAGAAGAUCAGGUUCAGGUGUUUCCAGCAUCAGCGAUGAUCAAAUCACCCAUCUUGUAUUCAAGUUGCAACAGCUUAUCCCUGAGCUUUGUGCAAGGCGCUCCCUCAAGGCAUCAGCUUCCAAGGUCUUACAGGAGACUUGCGAUUAUAUAAGAAACUUACACAAAGAGGUAGAGGACCUAAGCGACCGCUUAUCCCAGCUGUUAGCUUCCAUAGACACUGAUAACGACCAAGCAGCCAUUGUCAGGAGUUUACUUAUGUAAUAAAAUAAUUCUUCAUUCUCUCGCCUUUGUUAUUAUUUACCAGCUUUGGUUAUCUAGGGUUUAGUAACAGCGUGAAGCCUGAAAAAUUCUUUAGGAAUCAGAAUUAAAUAUUAUAUUUUU